UUCCAUGUGGUAUAUUUUGCUUUUAUUUUACAGGUCCUAGUUUCAUAUGUAAGAAAGGGGAGUGUAAGCUAUGCGGUAGUUCCAGAAAAACAGACACGGUUUGCAUUGUGGCAACUGAUAAGGGCGGGAAUAUACAUAUAAAGCUGACCUUGAAUGACAAGUCGUUGGUAGAAGGGGAUAUAACAGGACCUGGAAGUCGGUCCAUUUGUUCUCGUAAGAAUCCCAUACCUAACGUAGAGGAAAUAUGUAUUAUCCCAAAAGAUGUGGACAUCGCAAAACUGCAUUCUUGCCUCGAUGUUUCUAUUAAGAUAAACGAAACGACAUACAGAGAAUCUAUUGGCUGUUUCACUAUUCCGAAAAAGAACUUUCUAGAUCGCAUCGUUGGUGAAGGCGAUAUUUCCAUCAAUGAUAUCAGUAGUAUACUAGGCUUUGAUGCAUUCCCUGAAACCGUUGACGAUGACAUUUACGGAAGCACCAUCUGCCAUAAGGGAAUAUGCAGAAUGUGUAAAACUUACAAACAUCAUGAAGCGUGUGUAAUUGCAAAGGCCCUACACAACGGGAUGGAAGUUAAAGUAGUUUCGAGCAAAUUUGUUCUUGUCCAAGGGAAGAUAACAAACAAUACGGAUGUCUCCUUCUGUAAGCAGUACCCUGAACUCAAGGCCAUUUGCAUUGUUGCAUGGAACAUCAGUCUGAAAAAUAUGUCAGCCUGCGUCAACAUCUCAGUUCAAUUUAAAGACAAAACCUACAACGACGCAUGGGGCUGUUUCAAAAUACCAAACAAAGCUGACGACUUGCAGACGUUUGAAACUCUCGACUCUGAGGACAUCGAUGCGGUAACGGAUUCAUUCGGCUCUGACGACGUUGAUGACGAGUCUGAUACUAUCGACUCAGAGGACAUCGAUGCGGCAACGGAUUCAUUCGGCUCUGACGACGGUGAUGACGAGUCUGACACUAUCGACUCAGAGGACAUCGAUGCGGUAACGGAUUCAUUCGGCUCUGACGACGGUGAUGACGAUUCUGAUACUAUCGAGUUAGACGAAAUCAGUAUGUUUGGAGGAGAGAACAAUGAUCCUUCGACCAGGCUUCAGAGGGCCAUGCUGACCUUUUUGAAAAGUCUGCAACAGCAAACGGUUCUGUAGGGAAGACGUAUUUUUUUGAACGUCCAGUUUGAUAUUAUAGAAUCAAACCAAGACUCUAGACUGCUGUGUUUAUUCAUUUGGUGUUAUUGUUCUCCCCAUUAGACCUUUUCAAAAAUGUAGUCGUUAGCUUGCAAUCACUCUGGUAGUCAAUGAAAGUUUCAUGUUUAACGUUCUGUUUUAUAUUAUUCGUUCAUUGCGAGACUCGAGACUUCUGGAUGUAUACUUUUGUUAAUUUAAGGUUUUCUUUACACCUUUUUCAACAAUGUAGUCGUCUGCUACCAAUCACUCUGAUAGUCAAGGAGUGUUUACGACGAACGUCCAGUCUGAUAUUGCUAAAUGUCUCUGAAAUUGGAGAAUCCCAUGUAUAUACUAUUAUUAUAUGUUGUGUUUCCUAUAAGGUAUUCUUAAAAAUGCAUUUGACUAAGGGGAAAUAGUUAUGACAGCCUAUGAAUGUGCACGUAAUAACGCUCGUUGGAGAUGCUUUAUUUGUUAAUCGUACUUUAAUGAAUUUUGAGUGUUCUCAUAUAUUGUAUGACCUAUAAUAUCUGUUGGAUUUUUUGAGAUCUUAUAAUGUAAAUAAUAAAAUAAACACAAUCAAA